GUGUGCUCAUGUGCUGUAUGUAUUUCUAUCUCCGGACUACUUGGUACAAAUUACGAUUGUGUAUUUUUAUACAAAUUUGAUCAUAUACGAUCAUCGCAUUUCAGUUAUAAUGGCUCUCUGUGUUUGUAAAUGCCUAAAUGUAACAUUAGGAAGUGAUAAAGUAGAAGAUAAUGUAGAUAUAAAAAAAUUGGAGUUAUCACCCACGGAACAAAGGGAUAUUUUUUUCAGUGAGAAAUUGCUUUCAACGCCAUUGAAUUCCCUGAAGAGUCAAGUGGUACAACCAGCCCUGGUGUGCCAGCGAGGCGUGGGCCGUUGGACGCUGCACUCCUGCCUGGCCUGCGGGCAGGUCACGCACGCCGUCUCACAGGACAGGCCUAGUACUGUUCUCAUUCCCAAAGCCACACAAACCACACAAGAGAAAAUAAAUAAUCUUAAGAAGACAAGCAAUUUUUCACCAGUUUUUAACUUACUUGUGCCAGAAGUAACAAGUUUAGACAUGAAAGAGAAUGUGGACACAAACAAUAUAGUUAGUGAUAAGAAAGGCUGGCAGCCGGCACAGCAGGCCAUCGGCACGCUGAGCAAGCAGCUCACGCAGACCCUGCAGUCGCAGCUUGAAGCCAUCGAGGAAACUGUAAGGCAGUUCCGAGACCAAAAGUAUGCUGAGUUUGAAGCAUACAAAGACAGAGCACAAAGGGAUCACAAGAUAUUAGCUAGUAUUGUAAGCAAAACCCGAGACAGCCUGAACGGAGACGGCUUCCGGGUGGACACGUCCCUCGACAAUGGACCCCCUUCACCGCAGCUACCUCCACUUCAGAGAAGAAGACUGUCUUCAUUCAAAGAUGCCAAAAAAACGUCACAGAAUAUUGUUAAGCACAACAGGGAACUUCCCCCAGAAGAAGAUUCACUGGACGCAGAAGAUAUCUUCGACAUAGAAGGGAUGGACUCGCACAACCACAUGAUCUCAGACCAAGACGACUACGACGAUUCUGAUGUGGACGUCAGCAACGACGAAGGCAUCCAUAUUGGACGCGGUCGCGGUGCAGCUAACCUCGACCUGGCGCGCUCGCUGCCCAUCAACGUGCCCGUGUUCCCCGGCGAGCGCGCGCCCAGGGAGCCCGACACCGACGUGAGUACCGAGCCGCACGACAUCGCGGCGAGCAUCAAGGCGCUGGCGCGCUCCGUGCACGGCGACGUGUUCGAGCUGCCGCGCCCGCGCUUCAGCACGCAGAUCUAACGCGCGACACCCGCUCCCAGUCACGCCCGACGGUAGCCAUUCAACCUUACCUGCUCUGUGGAUCUGUUACUGCACUCUGAGCCGCCCGCGGCACCCGCGCGGGUACUUGUAGGCAUCGUAGAGCCCCUGUAGCGUAACAGGGCCGACUGAAAGCCCCCGUCUACAUGAUAUUCCAGCCAUCGUCCGAAGAUUUAUAAAAUAAGCACUAAAUGAUUUCCGCAAAUAAAUAUUUUAUAUUGGUAUUAUCUCCACAAUUAAAACGCGAGUAAAGUUUCAUAGAAAAGCGAGAUAAAUUAGCUCAAACUUGCUCGUUACAAAACGCAAAAAUCGAUGUUCCGCCACAAGUAUCUGUAAUAUCUUUAUCACUCAUAAUUUUGCUCGCGUUGUCCCGGCUUUUUGCCACGGUUCCUGGGAGCUUGGAGCCCGCUUGGCAACUAAUCAACAUUGGCCCCGAGGGGAAACUAGGCCUUAUUGGUAUUGGUGGUAUGUUUUCCUUCUCCGAAAAGCGACUGGUGAAUAUCAAAUGAUAUAUCGUACAUAAGUUCUUCAAAAUGUAUUGGUACCAGCCGGGGUUUGAACCCGCAUACUCCGGAUUAAAAGUCGCACGCUUUUACCUCUAGGCUUCCAGCGCUCUUAAGUAAGUUUACUACUAAGUACUACAUUUAUAAUUACGCCCAACAGGCUGCGCCUAUAUUUUUCUGUCAAUAGUGUCAAUUAAACAUUUGUGUAACAUACCAUUCGUAGCUGCAGCUCACUUUCAGAUGUUUUUAUAAGGAUUUUUUUACAAAGUAAUAAUUCGGUAUUGCAAAAAUGGUUAAGUAAGUAAAGUAUCGAACGUUAAGUGUUGUAUCUAAUGUAUUAGAUCAUUUUGUGGUGAUCGCGAAAGUAAUUAUAGUCGGUAAGUCUCAGAUUUAUGGAUUUUACCGCAAAAUUAGACAAGCUCAACGAGCAUUCAGCACUAAGCGGAAAUAUAGCUUACUGCUGUUGCAAUUUGGCAUGAUAAAUAACUAUGCGCAGAUACACAAGAGGCUAUAUUUAAGAAAGUUUAAAAAUUAUAUUGUACUCGUAUGAGCAUUGCGGAUGAGCUAAGGGAUAUUAUGCUAAAUUAAGAUUCAAUUUGUAGUACCCAAUUAUUUUUGAUUCAACGUAGGUAUAUUUUUAUUUCCAAAAUAAUUAAGUUAUUGCUUAAAAACAACAAAAAUUUCAAUGUUCAUUUUUUUUUUGGUUAUAAAUUAUAA